AUGCGGAUCAGCGGAGUCCAGAGAAUGAGAAUCUACCACUACUACUGGUGUCGCCACUGCCACCGGAGCAUUCUCAUCGCCGCCGGGAACCCACCGGAACUAAGACUCUGUCCCCGCUGCCUCACACAACUUCCGCCACUCCACGGCGCCGUCCCCGCCACCCUGCCUCGACGGCGAAACAACCGUCGUUUUGAUUCUUACAUAUGGGAACCCGAAACCGAUCGAGACGGACCCGUUUCCCGGUCAUGGAUAGUCCUCCAAGUUUCCGGACUCGGAUCAAGACCCGUUGCCCCGUACGCGGAAAAUGUGGAUCCAGCUCAUGAUGAAGCCCUCCGUUCGAGUACUGGUGACGGUGAUUUUGAGCUUUUUAAUGAUCAAGAGCUAGCGCCGAACAACCGCCCGGCGGGGGCUCCGGCCACUGAAGCCCUGCGAGCGGCAAAGGUGACGGCGGGGCACAUAGGCCAAGACUCGGAGUGCCCCAUUUGCAAGGAGGAAUAUGAAGUUGGUGGGGAGGUUAGAGAGAUGCCUUGCAGCCAUUUUUAUCAUUCGGAAUGCAUACUUGCCUGGCUGCGGAUUCAUAAUUCCUGCCCAGUUUGUCGGUACCAGCUCCCACCACCUUCUUCUUCUUCUUCUUCUUCUUCUUCCUUUGCUACUCCUAAUGUUAAUUGUUAG